UUGACAUCGUCGCCUUCCUUCGCCAUAUUGCUGAAUCAGCUAUGUCGACUGCCUGUAAACGAUGAACGCUGUGUCGUUUUUGAAGAGCAAGGCUUUUAAGGAAAGAGAAGAAAAUGCAAGAGAAAAGCUACGUCAAGCCGUUAAGCGAGAUCUGAUCGCAGAUCUAUCCAGGUUGUUUGGAGAUGCAUCCUUCAGUGAUGUCACAUUUAUGAUAAAUAAUGUUGAAUUUCAAGCCCAUACAGUUGUUCUCAGAGCAAGAGCUCCAAAUUUCUGUCAACAUUUUCUUCCAAGAUAUGCCUCCGCAGGUUCUGUCCAAACAUGCAUUCAAAUAAAUGGAAUAGAGGCCAUUGAGUUUGAGAAAUUUCUAAGGUCUGCUUAUACAGAAGAUGAUUUUAAAGACUACGAUGGAUCAAGCUUCCCUUGGGAAAAAGAGACUAUACCAAGCUUAGUAGAUGGGAUUGAUCAUGUUGUGGAUGGUACAUGUAAAGAAGACAGUUUCAAUAAAAGAUUUGAAAAUGAUAUAGACCAUCUUCAAAACAAUAUCCAGCCAGAGGUUUGGGCAGGGAAAGAUGGUAUUGAAGGAUUACAAGCGAAGCCAGAGGAAUUUGAUGGUAAUGAUGCUACUCAGUCGUAUUGCGACAUGGAUGGUAAUGGGUCAGGAACUGUUGGUGAUGGCAUUGUAGAGGGAACUUCUAAAGGAGAAGAAACUAGUGGACCUAGAGAUAAUGAUUGUCAUUCUGACUCCAAACUACCACAAGCAAGUUGUAUGGAGGAUACAUUGAGUUUUGAGGAAAGACUUGAUUCUCGUCCAGAGUUCUGUGAUCAUUUUGCUGUUAGCCUUGGUAACAUACAAGAGACUUACCUAUCAGAUGUAAACCAACAACAACAUGAUUUGGAGGAAAAUCAACAUAGUAGUGAUUUAGUUGAUGGCCCUGGUAAUGUGAUUGAUGAGGAAAAUGUUGAAUCAGACUGCAAUGCAGAUGGAAUUGGAAGUGAUUCACAUACAACACGCUCAAGCUGUCUCUUGAAUAAACAGGUUGCUGAAAUCAAGACAACAAAUGAAUUGACGAAUGAAUUAACUUCAACAGAUGGUAGAACUUUGGAGAAUAGUUUCAAAACAAAACUAGAUAUUGGUCCACCAGGGGAUGACUCAUUAGGAGAUGAAUUAAAGAGUUGCUGUUGUACUCUUGGUCAAGAAUUACUUCAGUUGUUAAUAAGUGAAGUUGGAUCUGAUGUUGUCUUUAUUGUCAAUGGAGACAAAAUCAAAGCCCACAAAGCCAUUUUGUGUGCACGCUCAAAUUACUUUUCAGCCAUGCUUUAUGGUGACUGGAUUGAAGGAAAAACUAAAGAGAUUCCUCUUAUUGGUGUGAAUUAUAACGGUUUCAUGGCCGUCCUGAAGUAUAUUUAUGGAGGAACAGCUCACGUGAAGGGUGAUUUUGCACUCAUAUGUGAUGCACUUCCUCUUGUAGACAUGUAUGGGCUGGAAGGACUCAGAGAAAUCAUUAAUUGUUCAUUGAAAAUUGACAAGUGUCAUAUGUUUCAUAAGCCCUGUGCAGAAUGUCUGACUGGUAUUCCUGAGUGCUUGGAAGUAUCAGAGUUGUUUAGUCUUACUGAUCUCAAGAAAUCUUGCAUCAAAUGGAUGGCAAAACACUUUGAUCGCACUUUGGGUACCAAAGGAUUCGCUUCCCUUCCUAAGCUGCUUCAGGAAGAAAUUCUGGCUGAAAUUCAGAGGAGCUUUGUCGUAGCAUCAGCCAUAGAAGUCUUGAAUCACUGUGACAAACUUUCUUCAUGUACACCACUGGUCAAGUGGACUGAGCCUGUUCACUUGGCUGUUUCUGCUGUCCAAGAAUCUUGUCUGUUGUUUAUUACUCAAAACUUUUUUCGUUUAAUUGAUCAAAGGAGCUUUCAUGAAAUCCUGAAGGGGGUAGGUUGGUCAGUGCCUGUCUUAGAAAAAAUUCUAUCUGUGAUUAAAAAGAACCUGACCAUUGAAAAUUGCUGCGACCUCCUAAGAGCCCUUCUCAAGCUACAAAGGAUCCUUAAAGUGAAGGCACAGGAGAAUGAUGAGGAAUGCUAUCCAGAGGUUUGGACGUUCUCUUAGAGUUCCAGUUCAAACUGAAGUAAAUCCUUCAGGGAAACUCUGAUAUUUCCUUAAUUGUGAUAAAUCUAUGGGCUGUUUACUAUUAGACGACCCAGCUCAAAAAUUAUAUCUUUCGUAGUCUACAAAUUUUUCUAAAAUAAUCCGUCUUCGAAUCCUAAAUUGUUCAUAGUUUUCUCAAUUUAAAUUCGCCAUGGGAAUAACUCUUGAACGCGAUCUAUCUGAACUUGAAAUUAUUUUCAUAAGUCUCGUGACUGAGCAAUUUUGGAAAAAAAAUUUACACCGUAUGGAAGAAGUUGUACCUGGUUUACAGUCGAUAAUGAAGUAAUUAGCUAUUUAUUACUAUAUUGGUGUCUUCUACACUUUCUUCCCACUUUUUUUCCCCUAAAAUUGUUUUUAUUCGCCGUUUUCAUCUUCAACAUCGUGUUUAAUUUUUUCCCAGGAAGUAACUGAUCUUGUGGUCAAUUUACACAAAGACUGUGUCAAGGUUAUCAGAUGCAACCUUUUUAAAGUAACCCGAUCGGAAGGAUGGAAAAAAUUAAAGCUUUCUACUCAACGCGAGGUAAAGGAAGGUGCGUUGUUUAGUGGUCUGUC